AUGUCGAUACCAGCAAAACCCCCAAGUUUGCCAAGAGUUCCCAAUCAGGCAAGCGUACAACUUUCGCCUACGCCUGUUCCCGUAAUUCCUAUGAAUACAAAUUUUGGAGGCGUAAUCUCCAAUCCUCCAAUGAUGGGUGAUUCCAAAAUAGAUAUGUCGAAUCCGGAACAAAUUGCAUUGGAGCAGGAGUACCGAAUCUUGAUUCAACAAAUGAUGGAUAAGAAUAAGAAUAGGAUCACAUUCAAGUUUGAGCCUCAUCUUCGACGCCAGUUCGGCUUUGGGCUCGAUCCAGAUAGGCCCAUAUGCCCAUUUUGGAAUGAUUCAAAUGGUACCAUGUGUCCAUAUGGCAGAGAUUGCCCAUUGAAGCAUCCAUCAAAGAUAUUUAAGAACAAGAUUGUGUGCAAAUACUGGCUCAGAGGAUUAUGUAAGAUGGGCGACGACUGUGAUUUUUUGCAUGAGUACAAUCUCUCAAAAAUGCCAGAAUGCGCGUAUUAUGCUGCUAAUGGCGUCUGCUUGCAGGCCGAUGAAUGCAUAUAUUUGCAUGUUGAUCCAAAGAGUAAGAUCCCUGAGUGUUACAAUUACAGCAAUUUAGGAUUUUGUCCAGAGGGUCCAAAAUGUCCUCGCAGACACGUUAGGAAGGUGAUGUGUCCCCGGUAUCUUGCUGGGUUCUGCCCUAAGGGUCCUGAAUGCGAGCUUGCACAUCCAAAAUUUAAGCCAGGAUUGUUGCUACAGUCGAAGUUCAAUAUUAUGACUGAUGAGGAGAUUAUAGCGAAAAGGUUGCAGGAGAUGAAGGAGGCCAAAAAGGAGGCUGAAGGAAAGAAUGCAGCAAAAGCAGAUUCUGAGCAUUGA